GUUCUUAAUAAGUAGUGAUAGUGAUAAUAUAAACAAAGUAUUCCUACUUUCCUCCAUCAUACCUCUAAUUCCCAGUUCUUUCUCUUGAGUUAAAUCUUAAGGCCUUAGUAAUUUAGUAAAAUUAAAAUGCAAAUCUUGUUAAAAACCCUAACAACUAAGCUUCUAGCAUUGCUAGAGACAAAGUUCUGAACUGAUUCUAGAAGUAGUUGGGGGAGUGGAUAGUAGCUUAAGACCAUCCCCAAAUAUAUUUGGUGGUGAACAAAGUAAUCCAUGAAAAACACAGCAACAAACAAAUGCAGGCAAGAAAAGAUGGAGAUACAAAGAUUUUAUUUAAUAUAUUGUGAAUUGCUCCUUCAUUGUGCAGAGAAAUGAGGUCCUCUGGAUAGCAAUUUUAAUAAAGUUCAUAAUUUUUAUGCAGGAGUAAGAAAUUUGAGGAAAGUAACAUAAAAGACAAGAAGGAAAAUGGGGGAAAGGGAUGCUUAUAGAACAGAGCAGUCACAGCAAUAGUAGCAUUACUUGCAACAUUGUUAAUGUUAGUGGUAGCAUCCUUUAGAGGUACUGGUGAGUACCUAACACUUUGACAGUGAAAAAGAUUGGAAGGGAGGUAAACAGCCUUCUCUAUUUUAAUAUUGUAAACUUUGAAGACAUAGGCAUCUAUUCUGUGGGUGGGUGUGUUGAGGGCCAAGAGUCACACAGCCCCCUGAAAUUCAGACCCUUGAAGGCAUAAGAAAUCUCCAUGGUGACAAGCUAUGCAAUAAUCACAACUGUAUAUACUAGUAUAGACAAUAGCCUUUCUACAGGUUGUACAACAGAGUUUAUAAUCCUACACUAGAUUCUAAUAUCCUAGUGAAAGGAAGAGACUGAAAGAGCAACAAGAUUUCCCAUCAGGGUUCUUUUCCACCAGAGAAAAAUCAACAUCUGUACAUGACUUCAAAGAGUGAGCACAGUAAAAUCUGACCCCAGAUGUUCUGCCUUUUCAUCAUUUUGGUGACUAUAGAUAUGACCUGAAAACUAGAUGACUAGGUUUAUAGCUCCUGCAUGAUUGGCUGUCUGCACCAUGGAACUCAAAGUAUGGGUGGAUGGAGUCCAAAGGAUCGUUUGUGGGGUCACUGAAGUCACAACUUGCCAAGAGGUUGUAAUAGCCUUAGCUCAAGCAAUAGGUCGAACGGGAAGAUACACACUAAUAGAAAAAUGGAGAGAUACAGAGAGGCACUUAGCACCUCAUGAAAAUCCAAUCAUUUCAUUAAACAAAUGGGGACAAUAUGCCAGUGAUGUUCAACUGAUAUUACGUCGCACAGGACCAUCUCUUAGUGAGAGGCCAACUUCAGACAGUGUUGCUCGAAUACCUGAGAGAACUUUAUAUAGACAGAGCUUGCCCCCCUUGGCUAAACUGAGGCCGCAGAAUGACAAAUCAAUAAAAAGACGAGAGCCAAAAAGGAAAUCUUUGACAUUUACAGGAGGUGCCAAAGGACUCAUGGACAUUUUUGGAAAAGGUAAAGAAACAGAAUUUAAGCAAAAGGUUCUCAGUAACUGUAAGACGACAGCAGAUGAAUUAAAAAAGUUGAUCCGCCUUCAGACAGAGAAGCUUCAAUCCAUUGAGAAGCAGCUUGAGUCCAGUGAUGUGGAAAUUAGAUACUGGGAACAAAAGUACAAUUCUAACUUGGAAGAAGAAAUUGUUCGUCUUGAGCAGAAGAUCAAAAGAAAUGAUGUAGAAAUUGAAGAGGAAGAAUUUUGGGAAAAUGAAUUGCAGAUCGAACAAGAAAAUGAGAAACAGCUUAAGGAUCAACUUCAGGAAAUAAGACAGAGGAUCCUAGAAUGUGAAGGCAAAUUAAAAGACUAUUUAGCUCAAAUUCAUAGUAUGGAAAGUGGACUGGAGGCAGAAAAGUUACACCGGGAAGUUCAAGAGUCACAGGUCAAUGAAGAAGAAGUAAAAGGAAAGAUUGGGAAGGUUAAAGGAGAAAUUGAUAUUCAGGGACAACAGAGUCUGAGAUUGGAAAAUGGCAUUAAAGCUGUAGAAAGAUCUCUAGGACAAGCCACCAAAAGGUUACAGGACAAAGAACAGGAACUAGAACAGUUGACUAAAGAACUUCGGCAAGUCAAUCUUCAACAAUUUAUACAACAGACAGGAACAAAGGUUACAGUUCUUCCAGCAGAGCCCAUUGAAGUGGAAGCCUCACAUGUAGACAUAGAAAAGGACACAGCUUUCCAGUCCGGAUCCUUAAAACGGCCUGGUUCUUCUCGGCAGCUCCCCAGCAACCUUCGGAUUCUUCAGAAUCCAAUUUCAUCUGGCUUUAAUCCUGAAGGCAUAUAUGUAUAAUAAUAGCUGCCACUUUGGGAAAGGACCAGUAAAGGUACCACAGGACUGUACCAUUUUCUUCUCUUGGAAUAGUGCCAAUGAUGUGUGGAAGAAGUAUUUCAUAAGCCACUAUAUCUUUUGUUUUCUCCCCAUCUUGCAAAUACUUGGAGCCAUACCCAGUGCACUGAUGCAGAUGAACAAAGGAACUGUGUUUCUGAAUAUCAGCAGUGUUGAAGUUUCUGUCCAGCAGCUGUAAAGCAAAGCUGUCAUUUUUAUUUGUAGCAUUUUAAAAGCUUUAGGAAAAGUAUUAUUCUGUGUUUAUACAUAAAUAAAACAGUGUCUGAAGAGAAUGGAGGAAAAAAUGUGACUGACUUAAGUUUAAUUUAUUCCAUUGAAUUGAUGGAUGCCUGAAUGUUAAUGUUUUAAUUUUUUUUGUUGUUGUUGUUGCUCGUGACUGAUUACUUAAACUGUUGUAUGAACCUGAAUGUGUGUAUAUGUGUCCAGACUUCACCUAUACCUUUAUUCAUAAUGACAUAAUGACAGAAAUGUUGUGGAGUGCUCUCUUUUGCAUUAUUGCUAAAAGAACCAUUUCGUAUGUGUUGUGUGGGUGAUCUCAUCCUUUGCUUUAGACACAUUUUGGGGAAAUAAUAUGGCAUUAGCUUGGUCAAUUCAUUUUUUAAAAAAAUCUGGAGAGUUUAGCCUUCUUUGAGGAUUUUCCAGGACAUGAAGGAGAAUGCACUAGAUAGAAAUAUUUUUAUUAUAUAGAAUGUAUAUUUGUAAGUUUCUGCCAUAUUCCAGACCCUAUUGGACAAAAACAUAAUUAUUAAAUAUCUUACCAAAUAGAUUUGGGAUUAUAUGUGGAUUUAUUUUUGUCAGCCCCCCCAUUUUUUUUUAAAUUGUUCUCAUUAACACUUAGGAUAUUAAAAUACAAUUGUAGAUUAAGGUCAUCUCUAUAUUGAAUGUGACUAAAUGAUGCCUCCUUUUAAAAGCCCGCUUCAUAUGUAGGGCCUACCGAAACAGAUAAUAUGAAUGUUACUUUCUGGAUAUAGGUAAUUAUAGAUGCUGGGUCACUGUGCCUUCUUAAUCACUUAGGCAAAGAGAAAGGAAGAACUGGGGGUCAAUACAUCCUACUGGGAAGAAAAUUUAUAUGAAUUCAGCACUUGUUGAAAAGUUUUAAAGUAUUGCUGAUGAGACAUCAUGUUUCAAUUUAUAUGUUCCACUUAAUAAAAACCAAAAAUAGUGUAAUUACCCCCAAAUAAAAUAAAUGACUGCCUAAAAUUCACAACUAAUACCCUAAUGUAUGUUACUUGUUAGCACUUUUACAUUCCCUAUGACCAAAAUCCAGCAUUUCAUAAAGCUUUAAUCUAUAAAAGAAUGAUUUUUUUUUAAAUCUGGAAAACAUGCACUCUGUUUUAUUUCCUCAGCAAAACUAAAGCUUGUUUCAAUGUUUUUAAAACAAUUACCCAAAGCAGAUUUUGGCCUAUUCCUGAAGGGAAGUUUGGAUCUUCAAAAUUGUAAACUAUUUGAAUUUUCAUUAAUAUCAUAAACACAUGACUAUUAAGCUUCCUAAGAAAAAGUGAAAGAGGCCAUACAUAUACCUAGGUUCUUUCCAAGGAAAUUCAGUCCUUGAAGCAAAAUUAAUUUCACUGAUCCAGAUAAAUUGGAAAGUGUCAAAUAAUCUCCUUAGCUUCUACCUCUCCAAAAUGAUUCAAAAUGCUUGUAUCUGAUAUUUGCCACUAUUACUGAAAAUAAUUGGUUCAUAUAACUAUAUUUUGGAAUAACCUGGAUAUUGCUUGAGCCUUCACAAUUUUGUUCUCAGUUUACAUUAUUAUCUUUUCCUUCAGUACUUUUUUCUUUUUCAUUAGAAAAUUGGGAGUAUUUUCAAAGUCAUCAUUUGGGGACUGUAUUUCAACAAAAAUUUGGAAGAUGUAUACCCAAAUAUAUGCCUUACUACUUUUUAUCUAAAGACCACUUAUUCACAAGGAAAAGUCUUGAUUAUUAACUAUAUUAUGCUUGAAUACAAAAUACAAUUUAAAUAUUCUGAUCACAGUGAAAGAAUAUAUAGAAAAUUAAGAAGUAAAGAGAAAAUUGAAAGUGGCAUAUAAUCAUAUACAUUAAUAUGAAAGAUUUCUGAGACUUCUGGGAAGCUGGACAUGAGACUCUAUCCUCAUCAUCCUCAGAAACAUCAAUGUUCCUUUCUGAUUAGAAAGUAUAAAGUAGCCAUGUAUUUAAACCUUUCUCAUGGCUCCACAAGUUUAUGGAGAGACUCUUUUAUAAAGGGAAAGGGGAAUGGUUAAGAACCCAUUUUCCUUAGAUAAUUUGGAAAACUUUGAAUUCCAAGCCCAAUCAGUUAACCUGCCAUGUACAAAAAUGGCCAUGUCUUUGGCUUUUAAAAAAAGAAAAAGAAAGAAACUAACUUGCAAACUUGAAUAGCAUAGAUUACAGAAUUUAUGUUUACAUGCUUUUUAUAUUAUCUGGCUAUUUAAUAUUAUACACUUUUAAUACAACAGAUUGCCUUCAAAUUUGUGUUUUACUAAAACUUUCAGAAACAGGGCACUGCAAAAUCUUUUCUACUAAAGACUAAGUUGAAAAAACACUGGCAUACUUGCCUCUGGGUGUCCCUUAUUCUAUGAAAAUUGCCAAUACAUGUGCCUAAGUGGUUUUGUUGUGCUUAUAAGAGAUUUUUUUGUUCACCAGCAUCUGCUUUUCCUUUCAAUGCACAAGGGACAUAUGUGUAAUUUCAAUUGGCAUUAAUGGAAGUUGCACAUACAAAUCCCUUGUUCAUCAGUACUAAGAAUCAGUAGGUCAUUGUUUAAUCUAAAAAGAAAAGAGACUAACAAAAGAAAAAUAGGAUCAAAUUAGAAACGUAUUUAAGAAGGAGCAAAAACUGGGACCAUUUCACAACUAACUAUGGUACCUGCUUUAAAAAAUUUUCUUUGUGAAAAGGAACAAAUGGUCUUUAGAUAAAAUGAUGUGUACAUCAUUCCAGGUUUAGAACUAUGAGCAAUCUGAAUCUAAAACUUUUGAUUUCAGAGGGUGCAGAAGGAAGUGAGACAAUGGGCAAAUUCUAGUGUUCCUUACCUUUACAUAAUUGGGCCUUAAUUACCUAUGUAAAUAAAAUGGUUUUCAUAUCCUCUCCCCAAGUUGUUAUAGCCUAUAUUGUAUUAAAAUAGCAAAGAAGUGUUACUUUUAUAUUAUGUCCAUUAAAAAAUAAACAUUGCAUGUUUAUACUAUUUGCUACAGUAUUUUAACAUUUUGGAUAAAGGCCAUCAGCUGUAUGGAGAAGACAAAAACAAUCACUAUUUAUUCAGUAUUACUGCUUUAUGUUUUCAGAAUGAAGCUUUCAAUGCUAAUACAGUGAUUUCUUGAAAGCUGCGGUAGCUGUUUUAAUGCAUUUUAUAUAUUUUUAGAAACCAAAAUAAAUGCAGAUAACUAUUUAGUAUAUUAUGUUAAACCAGCAGAGAUAUAAUGGCAAUAAAAUAUAUACAUGUUAUAAAUAUAUCUAUAUAUAUGAAUAGGGAAAGGGGAAAGAUUUUAAAAUAGGUUUACAACCAAACAUGGUAUCCGUCUGAAAUAUAAUUUCUCAUAUCCCUUUUUUUAUUGUAAGGUACUUGAUUAGAAUAUUUCAGUUGUUGCUGCUUUACACAGAAAAUGCCAUGUUCACUAAUUGUGAAUACAGGAAAACAGCUUUUUCGUGCUGCUUUGCUUAAAUAUAAAUCACAGUUCUGUAAUCUGUAUUAUAUGUAAUUAUUCUUUUCUUUUGACUGUCAUUUCAAAAAUGUAUAUUUUCUGAUUAUUAUCAUGAAUUGUUAAUGCUAUAAAAACAAAGGAUAAAUAUCUGAUAUUCUCCUAUAUAAUAAAUUCCCAUGAGUAAUUGGGGUUUUAUUAUU